UAAAAAAAAAUAAAAUUUAGGGGUUUGGUAAUCACUGAAACUGCAACUACAGUUCAAAAACGUAGGAGACAAGAACAACAACGAUAGCAGCAACUUUUUGUCUCCCCGUUUGCGAUGGUUUCCCUAUCGACGUGGUUCCGUUACAUAGCCCACAAGCUCGAGUACUCCGUCUCUCUCAGCUGGAAGGUCCCUCCCUUCACGAGCUAUAAAAGAGGUCAAAUAACAGACAAAGAAGUAGGCAAUGCCGUUUGGAAGAAUCUAUUUCAGGGAAAGUUAACAUACAUGCACUGGAAUAAGGGAGAGGAAAUGGCCCCUACUAUAGGUGCACAAGGGGGAACUCUUCUCGUCCGGAAAUUACCAGCUACAGAUCCAACGCGUGUUUUUGUUGGAGAUGUUGUGGUGUUGAAGGACCCCCAGAACUCAGAUAACUAUAUAGUCAGAAGAUUGGCUGCUAUUGAAGGGUAUGAAAUGGUCUCUAAAGAUGAAAAAGAUGAGCCCUUUGUUCUUGAAAAGGACCAGUGCUGGGUGUUGGCUGAUAAUGAAAACUUAAAGCCCAAGCAGGAAGUGAAUGACAGUCGAACCUUUGGUCCAGUUUCCAUGACAGACAUUGCUGGCAGGGUAAUAUAUUCUUUGCGAACAGCUGUGGAUCAUGGCCCUGUGCAGAACAGUCAUUUCAGUAUGAGAAAGGAUUUACCAGUGUUGGAAGUUGAACUGGAUGUCGAUGAGAUGGCAAAAAACCACAAAGCGUAAACUAUGCCCACAAAAUGCACCGACUUGGUGUGUAUGUAAUUCUUUUCCUCCCUUCCCUUUGUCACAAUUGGUUUACCUUUUCUUUCCUGUUUGAACUGCGAGUGAGAAAUAAAAGAAUGGAUUUUGCAUUGUCAGCAACGGGAGGUUGGCAUAUUCAUGGUUAUCCGUGACCAGGUGUGCUAAUCGGGUAAUCUGGUCAUUCUUUCCAACUGGAGCAUAUGAUGCGGCCUGCUCUGAAUUGAGGUUAAUCUAUAUUUAGCUUGUUUUCAAAAAGUAUGGUAGUGUUAAAAACUAGCCAAAAGAGCGAAACGGAAAAGGAAUCCAUCUGUUGCAGUUCUGGAUGCUUAUUUUAGAACUCAUGGCUUGCCUUUAAUUACCUUUGAGCUUGCGCCAAGCUUUGAAUGUAACAUCUAAUUCUGAAAGCUGUUCCUAUUUUUCGCCCCGCCUGCCUACCAUCCUUGGACGUGCUUUAACAUGCUUUUUAAUUGUUAUGCUCUACAAACCACUGGGAUUGAGACAGGGCAGUCUUUAUUUUUCCUUUUGCUCUGCAAUAGAAGUGUAAUAAUACACUUACACUGCCUGUAUUUUCAUGUUCUAAUGGCUUAGAUUGUCAAUCUCAUUCAAAGAUCAUGCUUAGCAUUUUCACCAAA